AUGGCAGAAGCAAUGGCUGUCGAUCCCACCCCUCCUUCCGCCGAACAAGCGGUUACCGGAGGUAAUGCACCAAACCUAGACGGCAUUUUGCUACUAGAAGCACCAUUCGCUCGUGUACCAUUCGACGAGCUCCGUAGACAACAAAAGACUCAACAGCGUUUGAUUGAACGAGAACUGCUGUUCGCUACCACCACAUUCAGCGAUACAUCCAAGUCAGCAUCGGCAUCUGAGCUCGAAAAGAACCUUGAUGCGGUCCUGGGCCGUCUGAAAGGUCUCAAACGGAAACUCGAACCACUCUCCCACCAAGCCAAAUCUUCGCUUCGAAUGGCACAAUCUCGUACAGACCACCUACAAGCUCUCCACAAGAUCUCCGAUACUGACUCGCCCGAGUUUUCCGAAUGGAGUAAGACUAGGCUGUAUCGAAUGAUUGUCGAUUAUAUGCUGCGUCGAGGAUACAGAGGUGCAGCGGAGGAGUUGGUAAAGAGUAGAGGGGUUGAGGAUCUGGUGGAUAUAAGUCUGUUUGAGCAGGUGGCCAAGAUUGAGGAUUCGUUAUGUCCCCCGGCUUGGGAGCGGGCGUUGAAGAGUGGGAUGGAGCUGCGGGGAGCGGGCGAGGUGGGCAAACCAAGUUGCGGAUUAGCGCUGGCAUGGUGUAGUGAGAACAAAGCGUCUUUACGAAAGAUUAGGACUCCUUUGGAGUUUAAUCUUCGUCUACAAGAGUUUGUGGAAUUGACGAGGAAUAGGAGUGGCGAGUCGCUCAAGGAGGCGAUCAGCUAUGCUAGACGACACCUACUGCCAUUGGUUACAGCAAAAACCCCAACAGGAGCGGGAGGAGGAGAUGAGAAAGAAGCAGAAUACGAAAAACUAGCAUCCGAAGCAAUUCGGCGAGAAGUUUCAAGAGCAAUCGGUCUUUUAGCUUGCGGUCCCAACUCUUGGCCUUAUGCAGAUCUUUAUUCGCUCAACCGAUGGAGUAUGCUACGGGAGAGUUUUAGAGCUGCUGCUCUACAAAUCCAUUCCCUCCCACCGCAGCCUAUACUUCAUAUUGCACUAAGCGCAGGCUUAAGCUCGUUGAAACUUCCACAAUGCUACACCCACUUGAAAGACGGAGCAGAGGAGGGAGGAGGUGGCGGCAAUGUCGAUUGUCCCAUCUGCGAUCAAGCCGGCUUGGGAAAGCUAGCGAGCGAGGUUCCUUGGAGUCAUCAUCAGAAUUCGACCUUGGUUUGUUCAAAGAGUGGUAGGAUUAUGGAUGAAAACGAUCCACCGUUGGCACUGAGUAAUGGCAGAGUUUAUGCUCAGAGUACGCUCAUUGAACUUCUUGAGGCAGCCGGUGGAGGCGGUGGAGGCGAAGGUGGCGAAGCGCAAGUAAAGUGUCCUAGAACAGGCGACAAGUGUAGGAGUGAAGAAUUGCGCAAGGUUUUCAUUUCGUAG